AAAAGCUAAUUCUCAGUUGGGGAACUUUGUAGUUAGACUUGCUGCUUCAGCAACAGCAUUGCUUCACAAACUACAAAAGGGCAUACCACCUUGGGUUCCUUUGAAGGGAUUUGAAAAGAAGACGUAUAAGCAACUUCAAGAAGAAGCUAUACAAAGCAAGAGACGUGAUUUAGCAGUAUUGGAUGCUAAUGAUGGUCUUUGGCCAGGAGUUAAAAUUCCAAGCUAUGCUCUAUUUCUUUGGGCUAGUGGCUCUGAACUGACCACUAUUUUGGAACAGGAUCACAUGCCCAACAAAUACAUUCCCAGACAUGUUAGAAAGAAGUUGGCUGAACUCAUUCCAGGGUUAAGGCCAUGGGAAGUUCUGAGCUUAGAACAAGCAAUGGAUCGAAUAACAUUUAAUGGGGAAUGGUACCGUGAGCCUCUUGGUUCCUACACCACUGGUCCCCCCUACCUCCAGCACUGGAAUGAAGAUGUUAUGGAGUUGUAUAAGAUAUUUGAAGAUCUUAAUUCUGAGCUGUGCGAACACAUGGAGAGAUCAGUUGCUGGUUUUGAUAAAAUUAUGGAGAAGGUCAGGGACGAUUUUUUUGCGAGAACUAACAAACUGUUAGAGCAGAAAGACAAAGAGAAAAGAGAAGAACGCAAGAAAGCUGGGUUGCCCGAGUAUUUGUGGCCUGAAAAACCAUUUAAACCUUCAUGAUUUCUGCAGAUCAUAUGGUUCUCAAAUAUUUUUCUGGGGGUAAUAUCUGGUUGAUUCAUUAAGCUACUAUUGCAAGAGGAUUUUUUUUCAUUACAGGGUAAGAUUUUUAGAUAGUGAAAAGUGUGCUGAGAAUGGUAUCGUGAACUAAGAAGGCAAUCUGGGACCUCAAGAUUGUCUUUUUUUGGAGUUGGUUAGAACAUCACUGUUGUUAAAUAUUGGCCUGUAGUGAAUAAUGAAUGCAAAUAUUCCUUAGCUUCUUGUGUUCUUUCUUUCGGAGGCGCGUGACCUCUAAUCAGGAUUCUUUC